AUGUCUCUGAUACCAAGCUUCUUCGGUCGCCGAUCAAACAACUUUGACCCUUUCUCUCUCGACCUGUUCGACCCCUUUGAGAAUUUCCCAUUCCGUUCUCUAUCCAACUUCCCCUCCUCCUCCUCAGACACGGUGUCGUUCGCCCACGCGAACAUCGACUGGAAAGAAACUCCGACGGCGCACGUGUUCAAGGCCGACGUGCCGGGGCUGAAGAAGGAGGAGGUGAAAGUGGAGGUGGAGGACGAUAGGGUUCUGCAGAUCAGCGGAGAGAGAAGGCAGGAUAUGGAAGAGAAGGGUGAUACGUGGCACCGGGUGGAGAGGAGUUCUGGAAGGUUCGUAAGGAAGUUCAGGCUUCCGGAGAAUGUCAAGGUGGAGCAAAUCAAGGCGGCAAUGGAAAAUGGGGUUUUGACUGUGACUCUGCCCAAAGAGGAGGUCAAGAAGGCUGACGUGAAGGCUAUUGAAAUCUCUGGUUGA